AUGCCUCUUUCCUUUCUUUUCUCCUCUCUUUGCUUUAUGCCUCCUCCCUUUCUUUUUUCUUUUCUUCUCUCUUGUUUUAUGCUUCUUUCCUUUCUUUUCUUCUCUUUGUUUUAUGCCUCUUUCCUUUCUUCUCUCUUUGCUUUAUGCCUCUUUCCUUUCUUUUCUUUUCUUCUCUUUGUUUUAUGCCUCUUUCCUUUCCUUUCUUCUCUCUUUGCUUUAUGCCUCUUUCCUUUCUUUUCUUCUCUCUUUGCUUUAUGCCUCUUUCCUUUCUUUUCUUCUCUCUUUGCUUUAUGCCUCUUUCCUUUCUUUUCUUUUCUUCUCUUUGUUUUAUGCCUCUUUCCUUUCCUUUCUUCUCUCUUUGCUUUAUGCCUCUUCCCUUUCCUUUCUUCUCUCUUUUGCUUUAUGCCCUUUCCUUUCUUUUUCUUCUCUCUUUGCUUUAUGCCUCUUUCCUUUCUUUUCUUCUCUCUUUGCUUUAUGCCUCUUUCCUUUCUUUUCUUUUCUUCUCUUUGUUUUAUGCCUCUUUCCUUUCCUUUCUUCUCUCUUUGCUUUAUGCCUCUUCCCUUUCCUUUCUUCUCUCUUUGCUUUAUGCCUCUUUCCUUUCUUUUCUCAUCUCUUUGCUUUAUGCCUCUUUCCUUUCUUUUCUUCUCUUUUUGCUUUAUGCUUCCUUCCUUUCUUUUUUCUCUGUUGGCUUUCUCUUUCCUUUUGUUUCAUUUCUCCUUCAUAACUAACUAUCUCUUGCUUUCAUUCCUUUCCCCACCUCUUCCUUCAAUGUUUUCUGCCUUUUUUUAUCUCUAUUCUCUUUCUUUUUAUAUUGUUUGUGCUUACUCUUUCUGUACCUUCUUCGUGUUGUACAGUUCCUCCUCCUUCUCAUCUAUCCCCUCCAAUGUAUUCUCAACUUUGUCUUUUCUAUUCUUCUUCACCCCAUCCCCACCAUUUUUUUCUACCUCCCUUUUCUUUGUAUACUAUAUCUCUUACUCUUACCCUUUCUUUCUGUUCAUAUCUUUCUUUUCCUUUCACUUCUCUUUCCCCGUCUCUUUUCUUUGUACUAUUUCCCUUCACCUUCACUCACCACUCUUCCCUAAUAUUCAUCAUUUCUAA